UUGGGGCCGCCCCAGGCCGGAGCCGGAGUAAGUGGACUCGGCGCGCCGGGCACAGUCCCGAGGCCGAGGGGCAGGCGUCGGCGCCGAGCCCGAAGCCCUGGUGGGAGCCCGGCCCGGACGCGCGCACCAUGCCCUACGUGCUCAUCAGCACCCAGACCCGCAUGGAGGUGGGCCCUACCAUGGUGGGUGAUGAGCACUCAGAUCCAGAGCUGAUGCGCUAUCUGGGGGCCUCAAAGAGAAGCGUCCUGGGAAACAACUUUUAUGAGUACUUUGUCAACGAUCCUCCCCGCAUUGUCCUGGACAAGCUGGAACGCAAGGGCUUCCGUGUGCUGAGCAUGACAGGGGUGGGCCAGACGCUGGUGUGGUGCCUGCACAAGGAGUGACUCUCACGCCGAGCACCCCUUUUCUGAGCGGUUGCCAUGGGCCCCAGUCCUGAAUCCCCAGUCACUCACUGCCUGGCCCCUCUCUUCCCGACUUGUCCUUUUCCUUAGCCUGGUGGCACUGGGCAGUGAAUGGCCUUUGCUGAAACUUGCCUCAGCCAGUGGGAGAGGCAGGGCCCCCGCCCCCGCCGCCAGCUGCUCCUCCAGCUUCUCCCGGGCUGAGAGCCCCGGGGGAGGCUGUGCUCUGCGAGCCGGCUGAGGGGCCUGAAGAGCCAGCUUGUUCCUGGCCAGGACCGGGGAGCCCUGCAGGAGGAUGGCCCUGGCGGGCAGGAGGGUCCUGUGGAGCUAGUCCAAGCCAAUAAAGGACUGUGAUGAA